UCUACUUUCUCUCUCUAAAAAAACACACAUAACUGUUAACACUUAGCAGCAGCAGAACAUAGCAGAACGUUUCACUGUGAUUGAAGAUGUUGCUACUACUUAUCCUAAUUACACUUAUAAAACCCUAAUCAAGUAAUUUAAGGAUGAUAAUUCACAACCCAAGUGCAAAGUUCCAAACUUUUUGCAUCCUCUCAAUUCAUUGAUCACUUCCCAUAUUUAAUUUCUCUUCAAUUUCUCAAUUUUCUUCAGCUAUCGAGAUUCAUUGAAAGCUGUUUGGUAGUUGUUCAUUAUGGGAUUUAGUGCAAUUGUAGUGUUCAGAAUCAAAGGUUGUUUCAUGGUUGGUUUUGGUAAUACUUCAUGUUUAUGAAGGAAUCUCAGUGAAGACUGAUGUUUUUUGGCGAUGAAUUUGGGUUGAAAUGCUUUCUGGUGAUUGCUCGAAGGCCAAAUAUUGAGACAUGGUACCACCAGGACCAGGGCCACCAACUCCUAUUGGCGGUGCUCAGUCUCUUUCACCUUCUCUAAUGAGAUCAAAUUCAGGAAUGUUAGGAGCUCAAGGGGCUCCAAUGUCUUCGCUUGUGUCUCCUCGUACUCAAUUCAACAACAUGAACAUUCUAGGAAAUAUGUCCAAUAUAACUUCUAUGCUGAAUCAAUCUUUCCCAAAUGGAGUUCCAAACCAUGGGCUUACUGGUCCAGGAAGUAGCCAGCGUGGAGGAAUUGAAACUGGAAGUGAAAUAGGCCAACUUUCCAGUGUUGGCAAUGGAACAAGCUUCCCUAAUUCUCCAUCCUCAUUUGGACAAUCAAAUAUGACGAGUGCGGGUUCCUCUGGUCAAGUUCAGGGUCAACAAUUUUCCAACUCUUCUACAAACCAACUGUUGCCAGAUCAUCAGCAUUCUCAACCGCUUGAUACUCAAAAUUUCCAACACAGCCAGCAGUCAAUGCAACAGUUCUCUUCUCCUCUGAAUACGCAGCAGCAACAGCAUUUUCAAUCAAUGCGAGGAAUAGGUGGAAUGGGACCAGUGAAGUUAGAGCCCCAGCUAAAUAAUGACCAACUUGGACAGCAGCAGCUGCAAUCAAUGAGGAAUCUUCCUCCUGUGAAAUUAGAACAGCAACAAAUUCAAACAAUGAGAUCUCUGGCACCAGUUAAAAUGGAGCCCCAACAUUGUGAUCAGCCGUUAUUUUUGCAGCAGCAACAGCAGCAUCAACAACAACAACAGUUCCUCCACAUGUCGAGACAAUCUUCUCAGGCUACUGCUGCUCAGAUCAAUCUUUUGAACCAUCACAGGCUUUUACAGCUACAGCAACACCAGCAGCAGCAGCAACAACUCUUAAAGGCAAUGCCUCAGCAACGGUCUCAAUUACCACAGCAAUUUCAACAGCAGAAUAUGCCUAUGAGGUCUCCUGUGAAACCGGCAUAUGAACCAGGGAUGUGUGCGAGGCGGCUGACACACUACAUGUAUCAGCAACAACAUAGACCUGAAGAUAACAACAUCGAGUUUUGGAGGAAGUUUGUUGCUGAGUAUUAUGCUCCUAAUGCCAAGAAGAAAUGGUGUGUUUCGAUGUAUGGAAGUAGCAGACAAACAACUGGAGUUUUCCCUCAGGAUGUAUGGCACUGCGAAAUAUGUAAUCGGAAACCAGGCCGUGGGUUUGAAGCAACCGUUGAGGUUCUUCCUAGGCUUUUCAAGAUAAAGUAUGAAAGUGGCACUCUGGAAGAGCUACUUUAUGUUGACAUGCCCCGUGAAUAUCAUAAUUCCUCUGGCCAGAUUGUUCUAGACUAUGCAAAAGCAAUACAAGAAAGUGUUUUUGAGCAACUUCGUGUUGUUCGUGACGGUCAACUUCGAAUAGUUUUCUCUCCAGACCUGAAGAUAUGCUCUUGGGAAUUUUGUGCUCGGCGCCAUGAAGAGCUCAUCCCCAGAAGAUUGUUAAUACCUCAGGUUAGUCAGAUUGGAGCGGUUGCCCAGAAAUACCAGGCUUUAACUCAAAAUGCAACACCCAAUGCAUCUGCUCCAGAGUUACAAAAUAAUUGCAAUAUGUUUGUUGCAUCAGCCCGUCAAUUGGCCAAAGCCCUAGAAGUUCCAUUGGUUAAUGAUUUAGGAUAUACAAAGAGAUAUGUGCGCUGCCUACAGAUAUCAGAAGUGGUAAAUAGCAUGAAAGACUUGAUAGAUUACAGUAGAGAAACUGGGACUGGACCUAUGGAGAGCUUAGCUAAAUUCCCUCGGAGAACAGUUAAUUCCUGUGGAGUUCGUAAUCAAGCUCAACAGCAUGAAGAUCAAUUAAAACAACAGCAGCAGCAACAAAUGAUGGUCCAUAACUCAAAUGGCGAUCAAAACCCAGUGCAAGCUGCUUCCAUGCAAAUUGCUUCCAGCAAUGGUAUGGUUAGUGUAAAUAGUUCUGUCAACUCGGCGUCCGCAUCAACAACCACAAGCACUAUUGUUGGACUUCUCCACCAAAACUCUGUGAAUUCUAGACAAAAUUCAAUGAACAAUGCAAGCAGUCCAUAUGGAGGUAAUUCUGUUCAGAUUCCAUCCCCUGGUUCCUCCAGUACUGUGCCACAGGCCCAGCCAAACUCAUCCCCUUUUCAGUCACCACCUACACCAUCCUCAUCUAAUAACCCCCCACAAACACCUCGAUCCAUUUUAACGCCUCCCAAUCAAAUGAAUACAACAAAUUCACCAGCUAAUAUUUCACUGCAACAAAAUCAAUAUCAACCAUCUCUUUCUGGUGAUGCUGACCCAAGUGAUGCUCAAAACUCAGUCCAGAAAAUCAUACAUGAGAUGAUGAUGUCAUCCCAAAUGAAUGGUACUGGUGGAAUGGCAGGUGCUGGUUCUAUAGGAAAUGACUUGAAGAAUGUAAAUGGUAUUCUGCCAAUGAGUGCAAAUACAGGGCUCAACAAUGGUAAUGGCACAGUGAAUAGUAAUUCAGGUGUCGGUAAUUAUGGAACAGUGGGGUUCGUUCCAUCCACUAUGCCUAAUGGAAUCAGAGCUGCUAUGGUAAACCAUUCAGUCAUGAACGGAAGGGGAGGAAUGGCAUCCAUUGCUCGGGAUCAAGCUAUGAAUCAUCAACAGGAUCUGUCAAACCAACUACUUAGUGGUCUAGGAGCAGUAAAUGGUUUUAGUAAUUUUCAAUUUGAUUGAAAACCUUCUCCUUAAGAGCCUUUGCACUUUGUAAAUGGUAUGCAUGUUGUGGUUCUUGACAGCUGCUUUUGCAGCAUGAUGAGCAAUGGUAGAAUUGCCUUUGGCCGGAGACAACGGAAGAACACAAUUGGGCAGUGAUAGGGUUAGGCCACUGUGCCAAUAUAUGAUUUUAUAUAUAAGAAAUGAAAAUUGUUGGCUGGUUGUGUGGCUAUGGGGCUAAUUUUUUUUUCUUUCUUUCUCUUGUGAAGUCAAGUGCAACUUUAUAUUUAAGUUUUUGUAAUGUCACGAGUUUUUUCCAUUACAAACUGAAACUCACCCUUGAUACACACUCAUGGUCGAGUAACAUGUCAGGUUUUUCCCUACAAUAGUAACCGGUUGUUGGGAGAGUAAUUA